UAAGUUUAUAGGUAAAUGUAUGAGUCUCCUUUAUCCAGUGUUGUGGUGGUUACCAAAAAAAAGCGAGAGUUGCAGUGUGAUAGAAUAACGGAGUCCAUGUCGUUGCUGCUGCUGCUACCUCAACCUGCCACAAAACCCUCUCCGUUCACCCUUACUACGUUCGCUGUUAGCCAUAACAAUAAACCCUUAUCCUUCUUCAAACCUCCACGUUGCACUUCAAACUCAACCAUUUCUAUUUCCGUUUCUCCUCCAACAACAAAUUCAAAUGCAACCACUCCAAAGAAAGUUCUUCUUCCCAUCGGUUUUGGCACCGAGGAAAUGGAAGCUGUUAUCUUAAUCCACGUCCUUCGCCGUGCCGGUGCUCAAGUCACCGUAGCUUCUGUUGAAUCCCAACUUCAAGUUGAAGCUGCUGGAGGCACCAAAUUAGUUGCCGAUGCUUCAAUUUCUGAUUGCUCCGAUCAAAUAUUUGAUCUCAUCGCUUUACCUGGAGGAAUGCCUGGUUCAGCAAGAUUAAGGGAUUGUGAUGUUCUGCGGAAAAUCACAUGCAAACAAGCUGAGGAAAAUAGGCUAUACGGUGCUAUUUGUGCUGCUCCUGCUGUAACCCUUUUGCCAUGGGGUCUUUUGAAGAAAAAGAAGAUAACAUGUCACCCUGCAUUUUUCCACAAGCUUCCAACCUUUUGGGCCAUUAAAUCGAACAUUCAGGUUUCAAAAGGGCUUACAACUAGCCGUGGCCCUGGAACUGCUUACCUGUUUGCUUUAUCCUUGGCUGAGCAGCUAUUUGGGGAGACUGUUGCAAGGGAGGUUGCUGAAUCCUUGUUGAUGAAAACUGACAACGAUAAUGUAUCGAAGAAGGAAUUCAAUGAAGUUGAGUGGUCUGUUGGCCACUAUCCCCCCAGUGUAAUCAUCCCAAUUGCACAUGGUUCUGAAGAGAUUGAAGUGGUGACACUGAUAGACAUUUUAAGGCGAGCAAAAGCUAAUGUCAUAGUUGCUUCUGUUGAGAAAACUCUUGGAGUCAUGGCUUCUCAAGGAACUAAAAUUGUUGCUGAUAGUUUUAUUAGUGAUGUUCAAGAGUCAGCACAUGAUUUGAUUAUUCUCCCGGGAGGAACUGUUGGCACCCAAAGGCUAAGCAAAUCUAGAAUUCUGAAGAAGCUUCUCAAAGAACAAGAUUCAGCUGGAAGAAUAUGCGGGGCCGUCUGCUCCUCAUCUUCUAUUCUACACAAACAAGGUUUACUAAAGGAUAAGAAGGUCACAGCUCACCCGUCUGUUGUAGACAAGCUUAAAGAUGGAGCAGUUAAUGAUGCCGUAGUAGUUAUUGAUGGCAAACUGAUCACUAGUGAGGGACUUGCCUCUGUAACCGAUUUUGCAUUGGGUAUUGUGGGCAAGUUAUUUGGGAAUGGUAGAGCAAGAAGUGUAGCAGAAGGCCUUGUUUAUGAGUAUCCUAGGAAGUAGAGCAGGUAGUUUCAAGUACUUGUAGGUGGGAUAGAUAAAUUAUAGGUAGUGUACCCCAACCUAGGGGUGGACAAUCGGUCAGUUUCGGCCCGUAAUGAAACGGCCCAAAUGCUUCACAGGCUUGUAGGUUUCGGAUCGGGCCGCGUAUUCUUGUCCAACCCAGGCCUGAUUUGUUUUCAGUCGGUUUUAAGUUUGUAUCCCCAUUUGCGACUGGUUUUUUAAUAGUUGAAUGGUUGCAAUUUUUGAGGGAUGGUUGCAUAAGCAAAAAUACCUGCAAGGUACACGAAAUUAGAACACUAGUUUCAGUGUGGUUGACCUUGUGAUGUGAUUCUAGACCUCAAGGCAUUGUCGAGUAUAAUUUCCAAAAUAUGCAGAGUUGAAAAAGGCUGGGACAAACGCUGUGUGAAAAGUUCGAUACCUCCAAUUGUGGAAAUUGUUUAAAGAGAUUGAUAGCGUGUUUGAUUCCGCGUUUUGAUUGGCAA